AUGAAGAAGCGCAAGGCAGCCGAAGACCCACCUCCACAGCCUGACUCCGAGGGCACUGCCCCUGCGGAGCUGGCAGAAGGGGAGGACCCCGAGAGGCCCGUUCGCAUAUAUACCGAUGGGGUUUAUGAUCUCCUGCAUCUUGGCCAUAUGCGGCAACUGGAGCAGGCCAAGAAGAUGUUCAAGCACGUGUACUUGAUGGCCGGUGUAGCCUCAGAUGAAGAGACCCACAGGCUGAAGGGUCAGACUGUGCAGAGCUUAGAAGAACGCGCAGAAACCCUUCGUCAUAUUAAAUGGGUAGAUGAGGUCAUCGCCCCCUGCCCCUGGAUCAUCACCCCUGAGUUUGUAGAGAAACACCGAAUCGACUAUGUUGCUCAUGACGCCGAGCCUUACUCGGCCAUUCAGAAAUGCAAAGAUAAGAAGAAAGACGACAGAAAGAGGAGGAAGAUCAACAGCCCAGCAGAAGCAGAAAGCGGCGAUAUAUACGGUUGGCUUAAGAAUAGCAACAAAUUCAGGGCGACAGUCCGAACCCAGGGUGUUUCAACGACAGAUAUCAUCGUCCGCAUCCUGCAGAACUACGAAGACUAUGUAGACAGGUCGCUGUCGCGAGGAGUGAAACCUAGGGAGAUGAACAUAGGCUACACGAAGGCCAACGCAAUAAAGAUGAAGAAAAAUAUGCAGCGGUGGGGAGAGAAGGUCUCAGACGAGCUGACGAAGGUCACGCUAACAGACAGACCGCUGGGCGUACAUUUUGACGAAAGCGUCGAGAAGCUCCGCAACAGCAUUCACCAGACCUACGACACAUGGAGGGGUCGGUCGCACAGAUUGCUGCGUGGCUUUGCGCGCAAGUUUGAACCCAUGAAAUCCCUCAUCGGGAUUCACGUAAACCAUCACCAGUCGAGCGACGACGACGCGGCCAUCUCCGAUGGCUCAGGCCUCUCAGACUCACCAGCUCCGCACGGCAAAGAAAUCAGCGGCGGGCAAGCGGGUGAAGAGUCGGAUGCAGCAGAGGCAUAA